AUGUUCACCAUGUCUCCUGCACUCUACAACUACCUGUUUAUUCUUCUAAUAGUCCUCCCUAAAGGUGAGCUAAUCAGUUUUAUGCCUGAUAUGCUGCAUUUGUCAGCUUUUUAUUGACAGAAUAUUGCUGAUACUGUUGCUUUUCAUAUGAAAUGUAGUGCUUUACUGUUCACACCUGUUUAUUUCACGACACUAGAUUCAUAACUAAAUGUAUCUUCAACUAUACAGAUACAUUAGAAGCUAUACAGAUAAAUUAAAUUAUAGUAGUGCAGUGAAAUGCAUGUAUAGUGUAGUGAUACAGAUAAAUUAAAUUAUAGUAGUGCAGUGAAAUGCAUGUAUAGUGUAGUGAUACAGAUAAAAUAAAUUAUAGUAGUGCAGUGAAAUGCAUGUAUAGUGUAGUGAAAGUCACUGUAUAAACUGUAUAGUGUAGUGAAAGUCACUGUAUAAACUAAGAGGAUUGAUCUAUAGCCAUAGCUCCUUAUAUUAACUGAUGUCCACACGUUCUGUAGUUGAUGUUACUUUAAUAAUUCAACACGUGGAACCCAUACUGCAGUCAGUUUACAGGUGUCUUUAUUCAUAACUUAAUAACUUCCUCCAGCCUAGACUGGACUUCCCCUACCUCCAUACUCCUCCUUCUGACCAUUAUGAGUACUACACCACAAUAUUGUACUCCAUACACUGUAUUGUAUCCUAAAGAUUGAUAGAAGUGUGUGUGUGUGAGUUUGUAAUGUAGUAAGUACUAAGUAGUGUGUAACUGUCUUCAUGCAGGGUUCUCUCAGUUGGUGAGAACACAGCAGGUUGUCACAGGAACCCUGGGAGAAGAUGCAAUCUUAAACUGUGAGCUCAUGACACCCGAAGACGUGCGGCAAGUCACCUGGCAAAAAAUGACAACUGGAGCGAAUGUAAAUGUGGCCACCUACAGUAAACGCGGUCCCAAUGUCAACCUACAUUUUAAGGGGAAAGUGGAGUUUGAAGACGAGGGACUGCAGAACUGCUCUAUCAUCAUCAGAGGAGUGUCAAGAGGAGACGAGUCCUGCUACAAGUGUCUGUUUAACACCUUUCCAGAUGGACCUAUCAGCGGAACGACCUGCCUCCAAGUCAAUGGUAAAAUCUGAUAACAUAAUGUACUGUAAACUUCAUCAGAACUUCAGGCAGCCAUUUUAUCAGAUCAUACAUCCAAUGUCUUGCAACCAUUUAUUAAAUUGAAUAAUUUAGUAAAUCAUGAAAAUGGAAUCAUUGUGGUCCUUAUUCACUGUGAACUGUGUCUGUUGUUGUUCUGUAGAGCUGUAUGGACCCUCACUCCUCAUCACACAAACCAACAACAGUCACAUCACUCUGUCCUGUUCUGCUACUGGAAGACCUGCUCCCAUAGUGACCUGGGAAGACAGAGAAAUUCUAGAAAAUUCCACAAUGGCCAAUGUCACCCAUCCCAAUGGAACUGUCAGUGUCACCAUAACUUCCACGCUGGCAGCAUUCAGUCUACCUGACAAAGACACCAGGGUUGGCUGUAUGGUGUCACUGUUCUCCGGGGGUGUCACCAAGAAUGUAUCCAUGGUUAUUCCAGCUAGCAAUCUAGCUCCAUUUGCUGGUGAGAAAUGGUUCUGUACAUGCCUACAGUAACAAUCAACAGACUGGUGUCAUUCUGAAGUAUUGUUUCUGUAUUUUCUGUGCUAGGUCUACCUGAGGUCACUGAUGGUGACAGGAUCAGUGGUAAGUAAUUCAUCUAAUGACCACAACUAAUCUCUGACACUCUUAUCUGUGAAUUGUACCAUUCUCAUCUUGUCAUCUUUCACAGGUAAGCGAACAGUGAUUGGUGCAGUGAUGGGUUCACUGUGUUUCAUUGCUGUGUGCUGUGGAGCUGUGGCACAGUGGUGGUGCAAUCAGAGAAAUACAAUGAGAAGGUAAGUUUUACUGUCCAGAUGACAAAGAGAAAAUACAGUAUUCAUUUGACAUUGAUUGUCAAGCUUACAAAAACAAUCUUUAGUCCAAAUACCACAGCCCAUGACAGAGAACAGGAAGAACUAUCAACAGUCAACCCUCAACAUGAUGACCCUGAAAUCUAGAGGUCUAAUCUAACAGUAAGACAUAUAUUCUAAAUAACAGUAGAGUUUAUGAUUUCAAGUAAACAGUGUUUGUACUUACUGUAGGUAAGAAAUAGAGUAGAAAACAUUGAAUAGUUUUUCAGCAUCAAAUGUCAUCCCUGGAGAAUAUGUAACUGUAAAUGCCCACAAAGUAGUUAUAUUAGUACACUUUUACAACAGAUGAUUUGGCUCUUCUCAGUAACAUUGCCAAUUGUAAUUUAUUUCAGGACCACAACAAUCUCCAGUCCAUUCAAAAUGUAAGUAUUUGUACAACCUUAUUUGAUCAUCCUGGUAGAGUGCUUGAAACAGAGAUGAUUGUGAAUGUUAAUGUGUCACAAUAACACCAAAAUUCAAAACAUCACUCCAAAAUGUAAUUUUUGUGUUUCAGGUUACACUCCCUCAGCUCCUCAGCCAAGCGUAUGAUGCAACAAGCACAAGAUGUUGUAGAGAAGUAGGUUUAAGUCCUCUUUUAUUUUAUUCUCUCAACAAGAAGCUCUGGAAUGAUGUUCUGUGGUGGUAGUCAUGGUGACUGAAUACAUGCAAAUGAUUUGCAUUGUUGUUAUGUUAAUCAUGUCACUAAUAUAGGAUACUCCAUUCAGUCAAUUUUUAAAUUACCUUAUUUUAUACAGAAUGCAGUGCAUUCGGAAAGUAUUCAGACCCCUUGACUUUUUCCACAUUUUGUUACGUUACAGCCUUAUUCUGAAAUGGAUUAAAUAAAAGUAUACUGUAUAAUGAUCACUUUAAUUGUAUUUUAAACACCUUGGUCAGCUAUUUGUUUGUAUUAGACCAUAGCUGUCAACACUUGACAGUUUUGACUUUUCUAUCUUAGGAAACUUUUAGAGGGUAACGAGAACUGAGUGACUACCACACUGCCUCACACACAUCUGUGUGGUUCGGAGACCAUUUCUAUCCAUAGGCAUUGUGGGUACUGAAUAGUGGACUGAAUGGACGACACACAUAGAUAGGCCUGCUGGUUUUUGUAUGUGUAAAUACAGUAUGUAUGUAUGUAUGUAAAUAUAUUUAGCAGUUGGUUAAUGAUGAAACAUGAUAAAUCCACACUAGACUUGUUUUAUUCUUCCCUUUAAUAUGAAUCAAA